UAGCGCUUUGUAUAGAAACACGUGAAAAGACACCACGUGGUGUCGUUACGUCAGGUCGUCGAUAAGCGUUACGUCAGAGGGAACAGCGAAAGAACAAAAUGGAGGAAUAUGCCAGAGAACCAUGCCCCUGGAGGAUCGUGGACGACUGUGGGGGAGCCUUCACCAUGGGAGCUAUUGGAGGGGGAAUAUUCCAGGCAGUAAAAGGCUUCAGAAACGCACCCUCAGGGAUGAGCCACAGAAUGAGAGGCAGCUUGACUGCCAUCAAGACCAGAGCCCCACAGCUUGGAGGAAGCUUUGCAGUAUGGGGAGGCCUCUUCUCCAUGAUUGACUGUGGUUUAGUAAAAGUACGAGGGAAGGAGGAUCCCUGGAACUCAAUUACAAGUGGGGCCAUGACAGGAGCUAUCCUUGCUGCAAGAAAUGGACCAGUAGCCAUGGUAGGCUCUGCAGCCAUGGGAGGUAUCCUGCUGGCGUUGAUAGAGGGCGCUGGAAUCUUGCUUACUAGGUUCGCCUCUUCACAGUUCCCAACUGGGCCCCAGUUUGCAGAGGAACCUGCCCCUGCUCCCAUGCCCUCCCCUUCCUUUGGAGACUACAGACAAUAUCAGUGAGAGGACUCCCCACUUCUCAUCCACUAGGCCUUUUUGAAUUCCUUGCUGAAGUUACAAAGAAGAAAUGGAGAUGCAAAUACCACAUGUCAAACAGUAGCAACUGCACCCAACUUUAUGGACCGUGUCAGAGAAGUGAAGGACAAAACACAUCUUCAUUUUCCUUUCUUUCAAGAGCCAUGUACAGAUCUGCCUUUUGCCAUUCUCAGCCUUGUCAUGUGCAUCUGUUUUACCUAACAUCGGCUAAAUACAGACAUGUGGUGAGAUGUGUUGUUUUGAGGGGACGAGGCGCGUUUUUUUGUUUUGUUCAAGCUCUGGAUAGUGUUGAAUCUAGAAAAAACAUGUCACACAUGGAACGUCAUGAAUUAUAUAUAAUUAUGGUAUACUUAUGUGUAUAUAUAGUAAAGGCUUUCUGCUUGUAUUCACUUAUGUCAGUCUUUAUUUGCCUUAAAUAUGUUAUAUGUACCUGCUUGGGCUGGCCACUGACAUUUGGCUGGCCUUUUUUAUUUGAUUUUAUUCAGAGGUAUGAAGGCAAACACCUAUCAGAUACAAUGCUAUUCCUGGGAUAUUAGUUUGUUUGAUUUAUUUAUUUUAGAUUGUAAAGAGUUGUACCAGAUUGUUCUUUUUUAUGUGACAGUGCUUUUACAUUCAACACAAAGGUGUGGAAAAGACUGCUGAGGACAAAGGAUGGCAUAGGCAGUACAAAUUAAUGGAUGAACUCAAGCAAGGGAUUGAUGCAUACUGUAUUAAAUCUUUAUGACAGAAUGUACUAUGGUACAAUAAAGAAAUACGUUGUUAA